AACACUGUGGGCGAUGUCGCGGCGACUAGAGGUCGGGCAACGCGUUGAGUACAUAUCGGGCGGCAAACGACUGGCCGGACGUCUGGCGUACGGCCCGAACGGCUUUCACGUGAAGCCCAACGAACACGACUGGUGUGGAGUAGUGCUCGACGAACCCCAAGGCAAAAACAAUGGCACCGUUCAGGGGAGGGAGUACUUCCACUGCAAAGACAAUCACGGCAUCUUUGUCCGCUCCAAUUGUCUCAGACCUGUCCACGAGUCAGGCAUCGCCCGACCCGGCGCUAACCGAUCCCAGUCUUCCACACCAGCCUCUACACCGAAGAUGACUCCGUCGCCGAGUGUGGACGACAUGAGUGUCUCGAAAGACAAAGAGUCCACUCCGGAGAAGUUGGAGGACGUGAAGCAUAUGAUCAAACGCUUCACCACUAAACAGGAGAUUAAUGUGACCGAAAAUAUUGAGCAAACUUUGGUCCACAAAAGGGCCGAAACUGUGGGCUCACCGGAUGUGGGCGUCGGCGGCGAAGCGCUCGAAACGCUGAGAGAGAAGGUGAAGGACUUGGAGUCAAAGUUGGAUACACUUCGGGUGCGCAGAGCGCAGGACAAGGAGAAGCUGAUGGACUACGAGAGGCUGCGAAUACAAAGCGAACAAUUGCACGAAAAUAAGCGACAAAUGAGCGAAAAGAUCGCUGAGUUGUCCAAAGCGACGGUCGCCGCACAGAAGGAGGCCAAAGAGGCGCGAGAGGAACAGCUGAGACACGCGGAAGAGAUGAAGGAUUUGGUGGAGACCGCGGAGAUCGCUGUCAUCGACAAAGAGAUGACUGAGAAUAAGUUGGAACAGUGUUUGUCUGAAUUGGAACAGACGAAGGAACGGCUCGAAGAGGUGUCACUCGAUCUCGAGAUCAUUAAGAGCGAGAUCGAGGAGAAGGGCGCCGACGGAGCCGUCUCUAGCUAUCAGACCAAACAGUUGGAGCAGCAAAACGAGCGCCUCAAGGAAGCGCUGCUCAAGUUGCGAGACAUCUCCGCUCAGGACAAGACUGAUAUACAGACACUGCAGAAGGAGUUGGAGACCAAUCAGGAGGAGUGCGCGGAGUUGCAGAAAAUCAACGAAAAACUGAGUCUAGAAGUGGCCGAAUAUGAGGAACAGAUGGCUGACCUUAAAGAACAGAUAGAUAUGGCUCUCGGGUCGCAGGAAAUGGUGGAGAAGUUGACGGAAACGAAUCUGCGUUUGGAGGACAAAAUGGCUGAAAUGCAAGAGUCGCUCGACGACGAGGAGAACAUCCGAGACCUCAACAAUCAACUCAUUGAGGCUAAAGAGGAACAAGUGAUGGAAUUGAGGGAAGAGCUGGAUAUGGCUCAGUCCAAGAACAGCACUCUUCGGCACGAGUACUCUGUCAUACAGGAAACACUGGCCGACUACGAGAGCACUAUCAAGAAGUUCCGCGAUUUGGUGGCAAAUUUGCGCCAAGAGAUACAGGAAUUGCAGACCAAAUCCGAUACGAAGACAACGCAACAAAUUGAACAGAAAGUGGAGAACAUUGGCUUCAAGACCCGUCUCGAGGACCGGAAGGCGUUUACGCGAGCCAUCGAUAUGGAGUUGCGGCGCCUGGAAGUGGAUCAGUGCCAGAACCACAUCUCCUUUCUCUCCAAGUUUAUGCCGGACGCCUUCUUCAGCCGCGGCGGCGAUCACGACGCCAUACAAGUGCUGCUCUUUUUGCCACGAAUUAUCAAAAAGUGUAAAAUCAUUGAACAUCAGAUGGUGGACAAGUAUCAGGCGCUGGACGUCAAAGAGAUCACUAAACAGAGUAUUAUUGAGUCCCACGAGAGCGUCCGCCAACAGGUGUUCACUCGACAACUGCUGUACAAUCUGUUGUCGAUUCAGUCAGUUUUGGGCAAUUAUAUGGAGUCACUGAAGACUAGUGACAGCGAUCUGUUCCUGAAGAUGGGCGCACUGUUCCCGGAGCUGGCCGUUCACGAGCGCACUAUCGACCACUACAUGGAUUUACUCAAAAACGACAAACUCGAUGAGACGGUUGUGAUCGAGUCGCUGGAGAAGUCGUUGAAUUACUUCCAAUCCCUGUAUAACAUCCAUUUGGCCGACAGACGGGCCUACGAUCACAACAAACUGGUCAACGACUUUAUCACUAUUAUAAAGAGCGCUUCCGACGCCAUUCAUCUCGAUUUAACAAUCCUCGACGGCAUUUGCAGCGAUUGCGAAGCCCUCAAGACUGUGUCCACGUGUGUGGAAGACAUCGACCAGUUCUGCAAGAAAAUCAAACGAAGGCUUUCGUCCAAAACGAGGCUAACUCUGGAGCCGUCGGUCGAGAACGAGAUCUUCGACUGCAUCGCAAUGACUGGUAGAGUAAUCACUGCAUUAAAAGUGAUUCGCAUCAACGGAUUGGCUCUGAAGAAGGAGUGCAACGCCAAGAAGUUGGACGAAUUGGCCAAAGAUGUCGGUGGACUUAAGUUAGUCAACGAUUGCCUGCAAUCAGUGAUGACUAUCUGCUGCCAAUUCUCCACCGCUUUAGCCCAGGGCGAUUACGACGAGACCAAAGCGCCCGAACCGCGUGACACCCAAAACGCUGUGGACGUGAGGGCACAGGUAUGGAAAGCGCAGACCGAAGAGAUUAACGAAUUGAAAGGUCGGGUCGAGUCGAGAGACAGCGAGACUAACGAAUUGAAGCGGGCGUUGAAGUCAAAGAUGGAAGAGUUGAGUGAAAUGCAGAUCCGAAGAGAUUUGGCCGAAAAGAAGUUGUCGAACGCCACGAAAGACGCCGACGACAGAGUCGUUAGACUACAGAACGAAUUGGAUUUGUGUCACAAAGAGUUUAAGGAGAAGGAGAUCGAGAGGGAGAAGACGUUAAAUAAAUACAAUCAAGAGAUUAACGAUUUGUAUUCAAAUCAGCGGAUAAUGAAAGAGAAACUCAAAGACUACUCGAAGUCGGAUCUAAUCGGCAAAAUCAUGACCUCGAAGACGAGUACCAAUGAGUCGGCGCUCGUGUCGCAGAUCCGCGACUUGAGAUCGGCGUUGAAGAACAUCGCCGACGAUAACUACAAUCUACAGGUGAAGAUCGCCGAAAGAGAUUUGCGGCUCAAACCGUUGCCCCGAAUGGAUAAAUGCAAACCCCUUUGGCUGUUGAGAGCUCAGGGAAGGGAAGCAGAGGUGAACCCCAAACAGGAGAAAAUGAUUGAUUUGACGAAACAAGCGAAUCAACUCAAGAGCGAUAUCAGACUCUCGAUGAUCACGGAAUCGGUUUGGGAUUUUAAGCUACCCAUUAAGGCGCAGAUCAGACAACAGGAGCUCAAACGGCUCGACUUUAUCUCCCGUUACGACAAACUUCAGCGAGAGAUCAAGAACUUUGUCCAGACGUACGGCGAAGGGUAUCAGUCGAGCGCUCACUUCGCGUCGUUUCCGGCGCCCCAUAUAUCCCGGUGUUUGAACGAAAAGAGCGCAAAACUGGCGGCCGUCCUAUCCGUGCCGUCGGACAAGUCAGCGGAGGUGUCCCUCGAAGUCACUUACGAACAGUUGAAAGAAUUGCACCGAAAAUUAUUGUGAAAAUGAGGCAUUUCUGGCAAUGGCUUUGUUUAUUAUGCCUUAUAUUCCGAGUUUUAAAUUUGUUAUAUUUAUUAAAAAGUGGUAUUUAUUUCAUCCGAUUCUUUGUAAUCAAUUUUAAUUUGAAAUUUAUUUUUACAAAUAAUAAAAUAGUAAAUGUUUGACUGAGA